AUGGCAAUGACGACGGUGCGGUGCCGUGCAGUGUGCGCUUUUGCGGUUCUUGCGCUGCUGUGCGGCUGCUUCUCGUCUGUGUGCGCAACGGCGGCAGCAGAUGCGGAUGUGGUGGUGCAAGUAUCUUGUAACCGGACUGAUGGUAAUUUUCUUUGGCGUUUUGCUGGCGAGGGUAAUUGGACGCCGUGUAAGAACUUCCACAGUGGGCGCGUCAUGUAUCUUCCGGAUUGUCCUGUGUGCUGGGAUGCCAAAGAAGAAUAUGAAGAUCGGAAGUGUAAUGCAGUGUGUAACACCAACCAGAGUGCUGUUGCGUUCACGCUGAAAUAUUCGCUUUUGAGUGAAAACCAAAUUUGCACGAGGCUGUUGCCAACAACCAGGGUGGACGCUUCCAUUGCCGAGAAACAAGAUGUUUGCCCUCGAAGAUACGGUGAAGAGGGAACGCCUCAAAUUCUCCCCACUGUACCUGUUCGUGAUGACACACCGCCAACGCCACCUGCUGUGGGCACUUCAGCAGGGGAGGCGGCAAAAGAUGUGAUGGAGACUGAAAAGCACGAAAACACAGAUAACAAAGCCCAGGGCUCUGACGUCUCUCGCACUCAGCCGACGGAUCAUGCGCCAAAAGAAGAGAGUGAGGAGGAUGCCGGCGCACAGGAUUCCGAGCCGAAGGAGAACGCCCCCAAAGCGGGCCGCGUUGCCUCUCGGGACUGGACGACGCUGAUUACUGACAGCGGCAUAAUGUCGAGGCUGAAGGCAGAUGGUGGCGUCAUUGUGCGUGGGAAUACGGCUCCCUUGCUGCUGCUGGUGCUGCUGGGUGUGUGGGGCGUUGGGGCACUUGCCUAA